CGCCGAAAGUACGUCGCGCACGCGACGCAAGGCUUUUUGAGGACUCAUAUAAGAGUCAAAGAGGUUGACAAGCAGGCUCUCCCAAACACACUCACACUCACGGAUACUCUCAGCAUAAUCACCUUCUGUCCAUUCCGUAUGCAGUAUCUAAUCCGCAGGCUUCACGCCCGAAAUUCGCAAGCUCUCGCUGGUAUAUCCGCUUCCCCGACUGCUUCCCUGGCAGCUCCCGAAUCGAGCUCCGGUGAGCUCAGUCAUCGCUCAGCGCUUUAGCUUGGCCACUCGAGCAGCAAGCAUCCUCAUCUCAGCUCCAGCAGACAUUAUAAAGAUGUCUUCAUUCAUGCAGAAGGCUCGGGAGCGUGCCAUGGAGGCUGCUGCCAAAGCUCAAGAUGCUGCUUCGUCCUUCAGCGGGGCUCACGGCAGCCCCAAUGCCAGUCACGCAAGCGGGCACGGCAGCAAUAGCAACACCACCAACAACAACGGCGGCGUGGGAGGCUACACUGGUUCGCUCCCACACGUCCUACGACAAGGUGUGGCGCAAUUCUAUCCACGCAGCGAAUUCGACUCUCGCAGCUCGCACGUCCUCAGCUCUGCACUCAAGAGCGUUUCGAUCGAUCACGAGGCUCUUGCCAGAGAGACAAAGACGGCAGCCAAGUCUGCUUACUUAUGGGGUCAAGAUCAAGAUCCGUACAAGCGCGAGGACGGCGCAGGAGAUGCCGCCCUUGUCGACGUUAUGGACCGGCUUGCGUUCCUUUUGACCACUGUAGGUGAUCUCGAGACCGCCCACGUCUCGCAGCUCGAAGCAGCCAGGUCUACUUUUAAACGCGUCGUCAAGGCAGAAGCUGACCUGGCAAGCAAGCGCGAACGUCGCGUCAAGAUUCAGCGAGAGCUUGCGACGCUCAUGCCUGAGCAGGCAAAGGGCAACAGAGAGCGAAUUGGGCCUCUGGAGGCAAAAUUGAAGGAAUUUGAGCACGAAGAUAGAGAGGCGGAAGAGGAGCUCGGUCGGCUCAAGCGCGAGAGCAUCCGCGACUCAUUCGAGACCCACUUCGAUGCCUUGGCAGUUCUCGGAGAAAAGCUCUCCAUCGUGGCUCGUCAUGGCAAGCUUUUGACCCACCAGCUGCCAGUGUAUGCUCCCCCUUUUCCAGCUCCACGAGUCAAGGCUGGACCCAAUGAGCCCCUUUGGCCUGGAGCCUCUCGCACUGCUGCUAUACGUGCAGCGGUUGGGCCUGCUCUUGCUGCGUAUCACCCCGCUCCACAGCUUCCCGAACUGGACCUUCCCGCUGAAGGUGCACCAGUAAAAGCUUCCUUGAGCCGCAAAGAUACGGAGAGUUACGGUGUCAGUCAUGCGGCAGAGCUCUCUGAUCAGCACACUGGCUUGAGUGCAUCGCCACCACAGGCAGGAGGCGGAGACCUGCAGCGCAACGAAUCGAGCUCUUCAGCCACCGAUCAGAACCACGCUGCUUCUGCAUUCCCUCUGUCGCCGCCCCAAGGGUCACCGAACGAGCUGCUGUCGAACAUCAACAACGCGCCAGCAAACUUGCCUUCUUCUCCACCGACUGGAGCACACACUCAGCCGCAGCGUCAUCGGGUGCCACCCAUUCCUUCUCCCACUGCACGACCUGCGGACGCGUCUCAUCUCCCUCCAGCGCCGAGUCAUGAGACCGACGUGAAGGGAGACUUGGCCACGGGGCCCAGCGUAGCAGAGACUGGACAGCCAAUCGUCGGCCCAGGUGGUCCUUCGAGCGGACAGCUGAGCCCUCGUGUGCCACGAAAGCCUUCUGUCACUGCUCACGCAGCUCCUGCGCCCGGCUUUGCUCCUUCGGUGCCGACCGCAGAUUCGACGGCCGCUGCUGCAUCCAGCUCUUCGGCUCUGUCUGCCCAACCUGCCUCUUACUAUGAGACCACAUCUGAUGCUAGGGCGCGCAAAGAAGCGGAAGCUGCAAGAGAGAGAAAAGAGGCCGAAGCGAGAGCUGAGCAGGAACAGGUUCGACAGCACGUCGUCUCGGCUCGUUUGAGACGCGAUGGGACCAUUGUGAGGCGCGGAGAACAGGGUUUUGCAGAGGCGGAAGAGGAGAACUUGCCUCCUUAUCAUGAGUAAGACACAAAACGGCGGAUCGCGCGCCCCCGCUUAGACGGAGCACCUGUAAAUGAUUGCAAUAGUUCGCACCGCGAACACUGUUUAUGCAUGUUGUCAAAUCAUCGAUUUUCUUGGGGCACGUCAACGACAGUCAGGCACUGGUCUCCAUGGGCACGGCAGCUGCGGUGGUGCUGCCUUCUUCAAAGUCGACGUCACCCAUAAACUCUCGAGCGUGCUCUUCCAGGUAUGUUGUCGAUCGUCUUUCGUCGAUGAAGAGCGAGUACACUCUGCGCACGUCUGUAACCUCCACUCGAGCAGCUUUACGUCUGCGAGCUG